AUGGCCAAGUCAAGCUCUACUCUCAACCGUGCGGCUCUGAACGAGUUCAUCUCCAUGCCAGUUUCAUGCGAGAUGAUCUCGUACCUCGCCAGACAGUCGUCCAUGGUUAUUCGCUGUGAAGAUCGUGCCAUUCGAGGCGCUGUCGCGCAACAGGGUACCAUCACACCACCAGCGUCACCCGAGCUCAAGCCCGCGGACGAGUCUCAUCUUCCGCCGCUGCCACCGCUGGAGGCGUUUAUUUUCUCGCUUGUUACCCGAUCCCACGUUGAGGUUCCUACUCUCAUGUCGUCUCUUGUGUUCCUUGCACGCCUCAAGAACAAGCUCCCACCAGUUGCUAAGGGUAUGCGAUGCACUUCUCAUCGCAUCUUCUUGGCUGCGCUCAUCCUAGCUGCCAAAAACCUCAACGACUCUAGCCCAAAGAACAAGCAUUGGUCCCGAUAUACGCUUGUCAAGGGCUACGAAGGCUUCGGCUUCUCUCUGCCAGAAGUCAACUUGAUGGAACGUCAACUUCUCUACUUGCUUGACUGGGACACUCGUGUCAACGUGGAAGACCUCUUCAUCCACUUCGAGCCAUUCCUCGCCCCAAUCCGCAGCCAUCUCCAAGCCCAAUGCGACAUGGAGAUGGAGCGUGAACGCGAACGUGAACUUGCCGUGCGCACAGCUCUGGCCCAGGCUUCUCGUGACCAAAGUCCUGCUCGUCUUCCAAGCGGCUACGGCAUGCAGUGUGACAUGUACAACUCACCCCGCUCGAUCGCGGACAAUUCUGGUGAUCGUACAGCUCGUCAUAAACGUCGUCAAUCCUUGCAGCGAUCAGGCCGUUCUAUCUCCCCGCCUUCCGUCUUGGAUCUUCCUGCGCUAGGCCAUGCCGACUCCAACCACGGCUCGUCGUCCCGAUCAUCCAGUUUAGCGCCAAGUUCUCGAGGAACCCCUGCCAGUAUCAGCACCGCCUCGUCUUUCCAUGAAGUAGCCGUAGCCGACGGCAGCACCAGCCCAACUCCCUCUCACUUGGCGUACAGCUAUGUGGACAUCCAGCUGAUGCGCCCAAAGGCAAAGGGCCACGCCAUUAACUUCCAAAACGAACUGCAGCCACAAAAGCGUGCAAAGACCGCAGGCGCUGGUACCGGAGGUAUCAUUUCUAGAUUCUUCGGAUCCGCCGCAGGUUCCUACAUGGAGAAGCGCAAGGCCCGCCCCACGGCAUAG